CUUCCUUCCGUUUGCCGCCGCGCCCACACUACUUCCUCUCCCUCCAGUACUUCUGUACUACCGCUACUCCGCGCGCGCCUGUGUGUGUGUGCCUCCUCCCGACACCAUCCUCGGUAUCUAGUCGGUGUUGUCACUGCACUGCCCUCCUUGCUUCGUGGCCAGGUUAUUUUAUUCUGUUUGGCAAACAGGUGUAAGAGAAGCCAACGGUCAGCAAUCGCAUUUUUUACCCCAAUAAAGGUCAGUCAUUCCCGUGGGUGGAUCCCCGUUCGCACAUACAUACAGACACACACUAUUCUUCUCCCUCUGUUCUUUGUUAGCCGGGGUGGUACGAGUACUGACGGCAAAAAUACGACAGCCGUGGCCGACUAUCGCUGUCGCCCCUUGCGACCCAGACCGUCUGGAGUCUGGUUCGGAAUCCCGGGGAAAAACCACCGGAGAAAUACGGCGGACGUGAGGACAAUCCACUCGUGUCAACAGUGGUCCCGGGGACUGCCUUGUCCCUCCUCCUCUUCCUCCUCUUCCUCAUCUUCUCUCCUUGUGCUUCCCCUACCUCAUCGCCUGUGAUUUCUACCUCCUUCCCACCUACCCUGCCGGAGAGACGGGCAUCCCGUCUCUCGCGCCCGCCUCUGUCGUCACAAUGCGAUCCAGUAUCGCCUGCGCUCGUUGCCGUCGAAGCAAGAUAAAAUGCGUCAACGCCGGCAUCGAUACCACCUGCCGCGCCUGUGAAUCCUCCGGUCGAGAAUGUGUAUAUCCCGCCCCGGCCAUCGGGGUGGGCGGUGGUGCCGCCAAGCGAGACCUGGCCGCGCUGGCGGAGGGCGAGGAACGGAACAAUGAUUGGGAUAGCCCCAAGCGACAACGCUCACGGAAGGCCGUCGGCAUCUCCUCGUCCGCCGCAAAGGAUGGGGGUAGAUCCGCGCUCGACGUGCUCGAUUCGUCAGUCCUGACCACCAAGGUCUGGGACGCCGUCUUCGAUCUCUUCCAGUCGCACUUUGCGACCAUGCUUCCCUUCCUGCAUCCCGCCUCGUUCAUCGGUCAAACGCGCCAACUCUCCACCCCCUCGACCAAUCCGCCCACAAAUUCAGAACCCUCGCGCGAUCCCGCGCAAAGUCCGCCUGCAAGCAAGCCGGAUCCCAAUCCGCUCAUUCCCCUCGGUGUCCUCGCUCUCACCGCCCGUUUCCAUCCCCAACUGGUCGCUUUCCACUCUCCACCGUCCCCUGGAAACCCGUCCAAUCCGCUUGUCGCUUCGGAAUUCUAUGCGACGGCGUUGCGUAGCCGGCUGGCCGGCGUCGACGGCGCUAGUCUCGCAGUCACGGACCUCACCCGGGUCCAAGCAUUGCUCAUGCUGGCGCUGCACGAAUGGGGCAUGUGCCGUGGCAAGAGCGCAUGGUUGUAUGUCGGAAUGGCCAUCCGGCUAUCCCAAGCCAUGGGCCUUCCCUUCGAGCUGGAAAAUGAAAUGGCGUCCCGCGACGGGCCCCGGUCCCCCGUACUGAAGAUGGAGUCCGAGAUCUUUGGUCUGCCCCGUCGGCCGGUGGAGCCCAGAGAACAGACUUCGGAUGAUAUCAUAGCGCUAGAGACGAAGCGUCGUACCUUCUGGGCGUGCUUCAUUUUGGACCGUUGCUUAAGCAGCGGCAAAUAUCGACCUCGUAUGAUCCGCGUCAAGGAGCUGGGUAUCCAGCUUCCCAGCGAUAACGCCUUUGCAUUUGGAGAACGGGUCCGCACCUCCCGUCUCAGUGAGCCGGCUGCACGCCGCCCACAAUCGUUCGGGUCCCAGGGCGUCCAGAUUCCGAGCAUCCGGCAGAGUCUGGGUGCUCUCGGUGACGACCGCUUACCCAGUAAUGGCGCUCCCGAUCCCAAGUCUUCCUGGUCACCUGUCUCGCGCCGUAAGGAUUCGAGUGAGGAUGAAAUUGAUCGAUGGGAGGUUGGUGCCGAGGAAUCUGUGCUCAGUCGGGUGAUUCGUAUCAUUCGCAUCUGGGGAAGCAUUGCCAAGUGGUCGUGCGCUGGGGGGCGAAGGAACGAACAGUUGCCCCCAUGGCACCCAGACUCGCGUUUCUCCCAGCUUCGAGCGAUGCUGGGCGAGUUCCAGGAUAGCCUUUCACGCAACUUGCAGUACUCUCCACGGAACACGGAUACGCACAUCAUGUAUAAAAAUACCCUCUCCCCGUAUACGGUCAUGCACGUGGUCUAUUUCCUGUCGGUCAUCGUCCUUCAUCGUGCAUAUAUCCCGUUCCUUCCUGUACGAUGCUCGGAGCCGGUUGGACCCUUGGACGAGCCCCUAUUCCCCGUGGAAAAGCCCGGUGUGGCAGAGGCUUUCUGGCGUGAGAGCGCUCGAGAGCUCUUCAAUGCCGCCCGACAGAUGAUUGAUCUGGCGGUAACCUGCCAAGACCGCGGCGUCCUGGUUGAAAACCCUCUCGUCGGCUUUGCUGUCUAUAACGCCGCCUUUAUCGGCGUGUAUGCAGCCCAUUUCCCUCAUAUGGAUCCGGAGGGCGCUUUGGCUCCGAGAGAUCGUACCACUCAAGGUCAGGCACAAGCCCGUAAGGCCCUUGACAUCCUGCGCGACAUGCGGCUGCGUCUGAAGAUGGCGCGGGGAUGGUUCCGCACCCUUAACCGGCUGCAUAGUUAUUUCGCCAAGGUCAAGCGCGAUUUCCGGCGAUCUUCUCGGAAGAUGGACAUGGAUGGCGUCGAUGUGCAUAUGAACGGGGUUCGUCCGGUGCGUGAAGGCGGAGCUGGUGGGGGUCUUGAGGAAUUCAAACUAUUGGAGAAGUUGUUCUUGGAGUUCGGUAUCAUCGAAGACCAACUGCCUGAUAACAGUGCAGAGGAUGAUGGCCUGGCAGCAGUCAGCGAUCGGGCGACCAACCUGAGCGAUGCAGGCAGCAAUGCUGUUCGCAGCGAAACUGGAGACACAGGCGAGCCUCCACUGGACGGUGCUGGCGGACGACGUGAGUCUUGGGUUCCCAUCAACAGCCCUGGUAUGCCGCUUCCUGGACCGGAUGGAGAGCGACGGCCUAGUCUGCCUCUACCCCCAGGCCGCUCCCUGCAGUCCCAGUCUCCGUACUCUCUACCCUCUCUCCAGCACCAUCCUGACGCUGGGCUAUACAACUCCUCCUCCCCCAAUCUGCCAUCGCUGGGACCCCCAGGCCCAUACGGGGCCCCGCCAACAACGACGGCAACAGCGUCCUCACAGUAUGGGGCGCCGCCGCCCAACAACCGUUUGCAGCCCCUCAAUUCGUGGCUGAACAAUCGUCAGCAGCCUCCCCCGCCAUAUUCGCAGUCACUGCCGCCCAUCAAUGCGGCUACUUCACACAGCUUGCCAUUGCUGCCCCCACCUGGCUCAGUCGGCCACCCGGGAGCGUCACCACCGGUAACAGUUGAUGGUCUUGACACGGUCAACACCAACGGGCUGUGGUCGACCAGCCUGGGCGGAGAUGAUGUGCUGGCGUUCUUGGAGGGAUGUGAAUACGACCAGCUGCCGGCGAUGACGCCGUCGGAGGUCGGUGUUCCGGUCGGGUGGCUCAGCACGGUGUGGACCGAGUUCGCCCGCUGAUGGGGUGGAUACAUUGCCCCCCCCACCAUUGCAUUUUGCUUUUAUUGCUUUGACUUGAU